CAAAUAUUUACGUUUAAAGGAGAUCUUAUUUCAAAAACAUUAGGGGUAUACUGGAACCCGAAAGAAGACUGCUUUAUGUUUCAAUCGUCAUUUGAUUUCUCGAAUAAGACGACCAAAAGAGCGCUUCUAUCAGAUAUAUCGAAGCUGUUUGACCCACUGGGUUGGUUAGCUCCUGCAAUUACAGCUAUGAAAAUAAUUUUUCAAGAAGUAUGGAAGCAAAACAUUAAGUGGGAUGAUCAAAUCCCUACUUCUAUUUUGAAAAAAUGGAAGCAAUUUAAAGAAGAAAUAGAACUAAGUAUUUCUAAAAUAAGGAUCCCGAGGUGGUUGCAAACUAGUCCGGACAGCACAUUAGAGCUACAUGGAUUUUGUGAUGCAUCAAAUAAAGCAUAUGCCGCAGUUAUUUACUGUCGAAUAAACAACAAGGUUUCAUUGGUGGCAGCCAAAACAAAAUUGGUACCCGUUAAAGGAAAAAUCUCUAUUCCGAGAGGUGAAUUAUGUGGAGCGGUUUUAUUAACAAAGCUGUUUAAUAAAGUUAAAGCAUGUUUAGGGUAUAAUAAAAUUAAAUGUUACGGUUGGACGGAUUCCAUGGUAACCUUGGGGUGGAUACAGGGACAGCCUGAGAAAUGGAAGCCAUUUGUAAGCAACAGAGUCAAGCAAAUUGUUCAAGAUAUGCCGUCAAACACGUGGCGCUAUGUUAAAUCAGAGGAAAACCCCGCAGACUGCGCCAGUCGUGGUAUUUCCGUCAAACAACUUGAAAUGCACUCUUUAUGGUGGAAUGGUCCAUCAUGGCUUCCUUUAUAUAGGAAUGACAAGGAAACUCAGUCAUAUUUUACGAAGGAAGAAGAAAAAAAUCAAUAUUUAGUUAAUAUAGUACAAGGUACAGAUAACACAGUAAAGGGAAUAAUACAAAACUGCAGUAGUUUCUCACGGGCAAUCAGGAUAGUUGCUUGGAUAUUACGGCUUUUACCAAGAAAUAAGGAUAAAAGGGAACGAUACCUUACAUUAGCUGAAGUCAAGGAAGCGAAACGGAAGAUAAUUCGCAACGUACAAGAAGACGACUUCUUCUAUGAGAUAGAAAAGUUGAGAAGAAAGGAGAGCAUUAAUAAAAGUACACUAAUUGCAUUGAAUCCAUAUCUUGGACAGGAUGGCCUUCUUCGUGUGGGGGGAAGGUUGCGAAAUGCCUUCAUUAGUAAAGACAUGCAACAUCCCAUUAUAAUUUCACAUACUGGUAGGCUGACUGACUUAAUAAUAGACCAAGCGCAUAAGCUUACCUUUCAUGGCGGCGCAGAAGAACAAUUUGCCACCACAAUUACGGAUAUGGAAAUAAACUGGCAUUUCAAUGCACCUGCAUGGCCCUCUGCUGGCGGAUUAUGGGAAGCAGCUGUUAAAAGCUUAAAGGCUCAUACAAAGAAGAAGAUCCGGAGGAUAUUAAUUUUCUAACACCAGCUCAUUUCUUAACUGGGGGCCCUACACUUUCAUUAUUGCCCACCGAAAAUGACUUAAGAACGAGAUGGUACUUAGUGGAGAAAACUUUCCAAGACAUAUGGAAGAGGUGGCAAUCGGAAUACUUGCCUACAUUGACAUCUCGAAGUAAAUGGCAAAAACCACGAGAAAACUUAAAAUUACAAGACUUGGUCGCUAUUCACGACGCGAAUAUUCCUCCCGGAAAAUGGGCUAUGGGCAGAGUUGUAGAAUUACAUCCAGGCACUGAUAAUAUCGUCAGAGUAGUUUCGCUAAAGACAAAGAACGGAGUAAUCAAACGGCCAAUUGUCAAAUUAAGUCCCUUGCCAGUGCAGAACAGCAGUAAAGAAGCAGCCGAAAACGAAUCAAACAUAUCUGCAAAACCACGGCCCAUACUACGAAAGGGUCUCGGUAACGUUUUAGCGAUAAUGCUUUCGUUUAUAUUUUUUUUAACAUACGUAUCAGCUACGCAUCCGGAAAAUUAUAAUAUAAGUACAUUCAACAAUAAUAAGGGGUUAUACUUAGACAAAAUAAGUAAUAUGCAAUUAAUUCAGGAAAAAUGGAGAAUCGUUGUCUACUAUGAGAUGAAACCCUAUUGGGAAGGUGAAAAGGCAUUCGAACAAUAUUAUAAAACUUUACAAGGCAUGUGUUCUGCCCUCGAUGAAAAAACACAUUGCGAAAUUACUAUGAAUCAAUUACGUCAUAGCUUCGAGGAACUCAAAUACUACGAUCAGGUGUUGCUUACGCAGCACCCGGGCACGCGCUCGAAGCGGCGUCGGCGCGGCCUUAUCAACGGUGUCGGAUACGCGGCACACUCCUUAUUCGGAGUAUUGGACGAAUCAUUCGCUGAACAAUAUCAAAAGGAUAUCUCUUUAGUUAAAGAGAAUGAGCAGCAUUUGGCAAACCUGUGGAAAAAUCAGACAUCAGUUCUGGAAGCAGAGUACAAUCUCAUGAAGCGGUCAGAGGAAGAAAAUUAUAAUUUACGAAAAUUAAUAAAUCGACACGCAAAUGAAGUUAAGAAGGCAAUUACUACUCAAGUCACUGAAAUCAAUAGACUAGAGCGCAUUACUCAGUUUACUCUUGACAGCAUUUCAGCAACAAACGUACUUGCUAAUUUAAGGAAUAUGCAGGAGUAUCUGAUUGACACCAUCACCGAUAUUUACCAUGGUCGAUUUAAUUUUCACCUUAUUUCGUCGGAACAAUUACGCAGGGAAUUAAAUAUAAUAUCCAAUCAUAUUUCAACAGAUCUUUCUUUGCCAAUUAAUAAUAGUCAAAAACAAUUUGGCAAUAUAUAUAAAUUUUUAAGAGUUAAGGCAAGGAUGCUUUAUGAGCAAUUAAUAUUGGAAAUCUCGGUUCCGCUUGUCAGCCGAGAUGGUUUUGAAAUCUAUAAUGUGAUUUCUGUUCCUUAUAAGAGUGACGCACUUACGAUGGUCAAAAUUGUCCCUAUUUCAGAUCUCGUCGCAAUAAACAAAGAAAAAAAUUCAUACAUACAGAUGUCAGAAAAUGAAUUGCUAUCAAGUUGUGAUUAUUAUUCCGAUAUUUAUUAUUGUAACCUACCUAAACUGUUUUAUAAUAUGAAACCAGAAGAUAGCUUAUGUAAGACAGGAAUGAAAAAGCAAUGUCAGUUUGAGAAAAUGCCAUGCGAUAACGAGUGGAUUGACCUGAAUAAAAAGAAUACAUAUUUAUACUUUUGUUGUGAUCGGUGUCCAUUACAUAUUAUGUGUGGCGAUCAAAUUUCUGCAGAACAAUUAAAUACGACUGGAUUAAUAAGCAUAGGUCAUGGUUGCAUGUUACGCAACAAGAAAGGUGUCAUUUAUGCUCAUAACGAGUAUCAGAAUGUGCUCAAGACUGGACCAAUGGUUUAUUCGCCUUAUAUGGAUUCAAUUAAUAAUAUGAUAAAUGUGUCCUUAUCCUCGGAUGUUAUUGAAAAUUCAAAAAACAACUACACAAUUAAUAGUCUUGAUAAAAUAGGCACGGAUCUGGAAGAUAUGCGAAAGGAGGCUCCCAUAAUUAGUAGUGUGACAUUUCACGACGUACAUCAGUAUAUUGCCUUAUACUCUAUUUUGGGCAUCUUCGUCGUGGUAGGAGCGAUUCUAUUGUUGCGGAGGUUUCGUCGAGCAGGUACGGUAGCACCUGUCCAGCAGAUACCAUCUGGCCAAGCAACAAUUCCAAUACAGAAAACAAUUGAUGGGCAGCAGGAGACGUCGAUAGCGGCAUUGGCAGCAGCAGUGGCAGCCAGUCUCGCAAUGGGCUCUACAGAACCCACCCGGGACCGGACUCCGAUAGGUCUUAGUGUUAGUGAUAGUGCCGUGGAUUGGUGUAGGAAGUGUUAGCAUAAGUUUAGAGACUUUAAGUACCUCCUAGAGACUAUUAAGCACGUAAUGGAUUCAUCUUGUAAAGCACUACAUAUUCAUCUUGCACUUUUUGCCUGGGGGAGUAUGUACGAGCCAAAGCUGUACAUUUUGCUCACUCAGGCUAUCUUAGAAUUAUAAGCGUGAUGAUCCCUAUGUACGUGCCAAGGUUCG